GAAGUUGAGAGUUCAGAGGCUGAGAGCGUGUACUGCUCUCUGUGCAACUGCGCUUGAACUGAUAUUAAUUAUCGUGAGUGGACAGCACUAGCAAAAGCAUCAUUAACCGGACAGAGACCUCGUCAACGUAACCGGACGACGAUGGGGGCACUGGGGAACGGACGUCGUGGAGGGCGGUCCCCACCACUGCUGCUCGGUGCAUUAAUUGCCUGCAUUCUCUUACUGGGCUUCAACUACUGGGUUACCAGCUCACGAAACGAAGAAUUGCAGGUGAAAGUUCUGGAGCUGGAGACGAGGGCUCGUCGCGUGGUGGCGGAGAAGGAGGCGGCGGAGCAGGCGGUGCAGGAGCGACAGAGCGAGGUGGAGGCGCAGAUACAGCGGCAGAACGAACAGGUGGCGCGCAUGGAAAGCUCUUACAAGAAACAACAGGAGAGCGCGCAGGAGGCCUGGGAAGAGGAGAAGGCUAAACUGCAACUCAACAUCUCCUCCAGUGCCAAAGCUGUACAAGAUAUGAAGAAUGAAUUGAAGACAUUGUUAGAAGACCUUGGUAAAGCUCAGAGAGAGCUGCAGUCGUGCCAGGGCAACUUGGAAAGCAUGACCAAAAAGUUCACGUUUGACUUGACUCAGUGUAACACCCAGAUCCUGGCUCAGAGAGAAUCAUGUGCUGAAAAGGUGGCCACGGCUAAACAGGAGGCAGAGAAAAAGUACCAGAAGUUACCUCCGUCAGUGCCUAACCAGUCACAGAAAGAUACGUUGACGCAGAAUGCGGUUUCCCCUAAAGAAGCUGAGCCCCGAAAGGUGGCUCAGAAUGAGUCUGUUAAAGUCCAGACAGAGGUCCAGAACACAGAACCAGAACCAAAGGCAGACAACAAGACCUCCACUGACAUUGAGCUGGAGACAAACAAAAUCGUCGAGGGCAAAGCUGAGGCUGAAGCUCCGGAGCCUGUUAAAGAUGCAGAUGGUGCGAACCCGGCUGCUCCCCCCAGCUCCAAGCCCGUCACCGAGAAAGUCAAACCAGUGGAGGUGAAGAUCCCGAGCGAUCAGCCAAGCAGCAGAGCGGAGGCGGAUGCCAAGACAGGAGAAGUGGAUGUAAAAGAGAAGAUUCGUCAAGACCCGAUGGAUGACGACAUGGUGAUUGGGGAGGAGAAACAGGAGGAUUAUGAUGCUGAUGCACAGGAGAUGGAGGAAGAGGAAAAAGAUGAACAGUUUAUAGACAAAGAGAAAGAGCGUGCGGAGCAGGACCUGCGGCAGGAGCUGGCGGACUAUAACGGCGACGAGGAAAACGAACCAGAGUUUGAGGCUGACAAACAGGCUCAGCUCUCUCAGAUGUGAUAACAACGCGUCACACGUCUGGGCAAGACACUCCAAAUGACAUUUUACACACGCACACACACACAAGAUCAGAGAUGCAGAAUCAAGAGUCAGUCUCCUAACUCAGUUUGUUUACACUAUACCCUUGAACAUUAUCACGAUUUUUUAUUAAAAAAAAAAAAAAAAAAAA